AUAUAUGACAAUGUGACAAGAUAAACAGUGUUUUUCCAAAUGUUCAACUGAGAAAAAUUUAAAUUGAAUUGCUGUGCUUAUUUUUGAAUAUUAUUUAAUUAAGAAAAAUUCCGUGAAACUUAAAAUAAGUAAAUAUAUAAUGUUGAUAGUAUUCUCAGUAUUGUAAACAUUUUGGUUAAUGUUUAUUUUUACUAUGUCAGUAGCAGUAGAUUAUUAACCUGAGAUCUUGCUCUAGAAGAGGCUAAUAAUGCUGAGUUAAAAUAAUUUUUCCAAAUGGAUACGACUAUCAGAAUAUCAAGUAAAGCUGUAAAAAAUAAAAAUGAUUUUUUACAAGUAACCUACAACACUGGCAAGAGUAAAGAUGCAGUUAUAUCUCUGGAUUCAUCAAAUUUUGGUCAAAGUGGCUCAGUAACAUGGGAUAAAAAGAAUUCCACCCUAUCGAAUAUAGAGAAAGUGACUAAUUGGAUGAAGCAGAGUGAUAAAGAAUGUGUAGACAUGAAUUUACUAGAAGAAUCUAGUAGUAAUGAUUCAGAAUCAAAAAGUUUAAUUUUGUUUAGAUGUGAUUUUAAUAAACCAACAAAACCUACAUCACACUUUCCAUCAUUGUUUAAUAGAUCUACAUCUUUAAUAGAUUAUUUUAAAAAUGAAAAUUCUACCAGGUCAAAACCCUCUAAGGGGUCUACAUUAUCAGGCAUGAAGGACAAUAUAGCAUUAACUGAAAAGAAAUCUGUGAAAAAUUUUCCAAUAGAGAGUCCAGAUCGGAUUUCUAGUAACGUAUUAACGAGUGAUAAUUCCUACACUAGUGAGAAUAAAUCUGAAAUCACUGAUGAAAUCCCUUUAAGUCCAGAAAGCCAAAAGAAGGAACUUUGUCAUUAUUUACAAUUGAUGAACCCCGCUGAUAAAAAAGAGAUAUUAAUCCUGCAGAAUCGAAGAUCUUCAAGAGUUAGAAAUUUAGUAGAACAAAAACAGUACUUUCAGGAGCGAUUUAAGGAAGUAAAUGAUGGAGAUAGAGAGAAGAUUGAAACAGUACAAAAGCCUACAACACCAAAAUCAUCCAAUGAACUUGAAUUUAACAAUAUUUCAAAUUCAAAGGAGUUUUCAUUUCCUUUUCCUUCCAAAAAAUUAUCAACUACUGUUAUUGAUUUUGAUAAUGUGAUGUCAGAUCUGAUACCAAAGUUUAAAAAGUGUUGUGAAGAAAACAAUCUUUCAUAUAUGCAAAAGUUACAAAUACAAACAAAAGAAUCUAAUGUUUUGAAACAAAAGAAAGAUUGUAAUACGGUAAUUAGUAGGAAAGCUCAUGCUAAAAAAGUUGUACACAAAAAAAUUACAAAAUCCAAAUUUAAAUCCCUGGUUAAAACAAGAAGCAGAGCUAGCUUGAAAAAUUUACGAAGUAAUGAUAAUUUGAAACAUGUUCCUAUAAGAAACUUAGUAGAAAAAAGUCAAAGGGGGUCUAGUAUAAAAAAUAGAAGAGCAAAAUCUGUCCCUGCAUCAUCUAAUAGAUCCGCAUUGAAUUAUACACCAAUAUCUAUAAGUUCAUCUAUUCCUCAGAUCACAUCUCCCAAAUCAAUAGGUUCACACUGUGAAAUAAUUUCUGUUGAUCCUGGUUUAGAUGAAGAUCAAAUAACUAUUGAUCAAAUGUUAGAAGACAUACCAGAUUUUGAACUUUUGAGUGAUGAAUAUAAAAGAUGCUUGAUUGAGAGUCGAAUUCUAUGUACCAAAACUGUAACUACUAAUAAAAACCAUGUUUCUGAAUCGUACAAUUUUACUGUGGCUCCGUUAUAUGGUUUUACAAAAAAAGACACCCAGGAGGUUAGUAAUAUGUGUGAAAAGUACAAACAAACUGUUUCAUUAUCUGAUGAAGUAAAAGAAUCUACGGAGAAGCUAAAAGAAAUCCAGGAUGUUGGUGGAAAACGAGAUAAAAUAGAACGACAAGAAACUAAUGCUUCUAAUAAUGGAAAUACUUAUUUUAUUGUAAAUAUUGAUACUUCGGGCGAUACAGCAGAAAUAAGUGAUUCAUCACAAGACUCGGAACCACCAAAUAGUCAAUCUACACAGAAACACGACUAUUCUACUGCAAUUUGUAAUAAGGGCGAAAACUCAGAUAAUGAAGCAUUAUUUACACCAGUUCCUAUUGCAAAUGUAGAAAAGGGCAACUAUUUAGAAAUCAGUACUAAAAAUAUUACCAAAAACAAUAAUUAUGAAUUAAUGCCGUACAAAAAACCCGAAUGUAUAAAGUCUUUGCAUACAAGUCUCCAAUUUAGUUCAAAAAAGAAGAAUAGUUUAACUACUAAUUCUUCUCUCUGUCAAGAAUGGGACAUCAACAGUACAAAACAAAAGUUGAAGAAACAGUCCCAUACUAUUACCAUUAAUUCGGAAAAUGGGUCAGUGUUAAAAGCUUUUUAUGUUGGCUAUAAUCUCGUUCUCUGUCAGGAGUUCCUAGUUUCAUUUUGGAUGCAAACUCCACUAGGUAAUGUACUAGGUUCUCAGCAGAUGUGGAUCCCAAGAGGUCAGACGCAAAGAAUAUCACUUAUUAAUAGAUGCAUUCAGAAAGAUUCAAUGGAGAAAGUUAUUUGUUUGGAUACAAGUGUAGUUUACAUUGAAUUGUGGAUGAAAGAGCAUAAAUCUGAAGUGAGACAAGGACCCGUGGCAGAUGUGUUUAUUACUUUGUAUUACUGGAAACAAAGACAAAAUGGUUUAGAUAAGAGAGUGUUGCAACUAGAGAAUAUUAACGGCUUUGCGGAUGAUGUACAAUAUUGUGUGAUGCGAAAUUUUCCCAAGAUCAUAGUAAGCUGGCAUUCAGCAAAUGAAGAAAAUUUGAAUUCAAGAAAGACAUUUGUUCAUGCAUAUCAACUUGCUUCUGAUUAUCAGACGAUUUCUAAUAUAUUUGAUAUGGAACCAGUCGACCAUUACGUAUCCUCUUUACAUAGUGUCGAAGAUUACGAUGAUCUCAUUAUGGGCUGUGGAGAAAACAAAAUUACAUUGUGGAAUAUUCAGUUCGGUAACAUUAUAGCCACAAUAGAACUGAAUGAUAUUAAAACACCGUUAUCUACUUUAUGGGUAAAAUGCGAUAGGGGUUUUCUUUUUGCACUACAACAAUGCGUGGAUAGAGAAUUAAGAUUAGUAGCUAUCAAUGGUAUCAAUCACUCGUGGAAAAAAUUGGCAAGCUACUUCCCCCCAGAAGGAUUCGAUAGAUUAAAAGGUGUGUGCAUCGAUAACGGACUGUUACUCUCCUUUUAUGAUCAAGGUAUUUUAUGUUGGAAUGCCGAAACGGGCGAGCCUGUUGAAGAAAUAAACGGAGAAACCGACGUAAUACCAUCAGGAGCUUACGUAAUAUUGGUAGAGAAUACGAACGUUGUAGUAAAACAUGCUUUCACGCAUUUAAUGUCAUUGUCUUUAGAGGAAUCAUGAAAUGUAGUAAAGUACGAAGUCAAGUGUAAAAAAUAAUUUGGAAAGGUUUGUAAAGAUACAGCGAAAAAGUAAACAUUUUUGACCGU